GGCCUCAAAUUCUGGUGUGGUAAGUUGUACGUGUUACUCUUGGGUUUGUAAGAGGAGAGGCUCUGUUCGUAGCUAGGAAGGAUCCUACACAGCUUGGCUUUCCAAAGCAUUGGUGUUCAAGCAGCUUAUGGGUUUGAUUAAGAUCCUGGCGCGAGACUCUAGACAGGGAACAAUCUUACUAUAGCUAACAACAAUGCUCCCUCAAGCAAAGCCACCACAGUGCCCACAACAACCACCCUUUCAAUCUGCAGCACGACUCCAAUAGCAGAUCAAGUUGACAAUAGAGCCAACCCUGCCAAGAACAAGAGGAUCCUUGAGACCUUCUUUGGUUGGUACUAUGCUUCCACUGCACUUGUAGUCUUGAUUGCCCUCACCGCCAUUGUCUACAUUCAAGACCACCUGGGAUGGCGAGUUGGCUUCGGAGUUCCAGCUAUCCUGAUGCUUCUCUCAGCCUUAUUCUUCUUUAUGGCUUCCCCAUUGUAUGUGAAGCAUAAUACUAGCACGAGUUUGCUCACAGGUUUUGCUCAGGUAGCUUUGCUUGCUUACAAGAGCAGGAAACUCUCUUUCCCAUCUGGAAACAUUGGUGGAAGGUACCAUGUGGGCAGAGAUUCAAACCUUCUGACCCCUUCCAAGAAACUAAGGUUCUUGAACAUGGCCUGCAUAGUGAUCGACCCAGCAAUCGACAUAUCCCCAGAUGGAACAACAACAAAUCAUUGGAACCUAUGCACAGUGCAGCAAGUAGAAGGGAUGAAAGCACUCAUCAAGGUCUUCCCCAUAUGGUCUAGUGGAAUCAUGCUCUCCAUAAGCACUAGCCAGACUUCAUUUCCAGUUAUCCAAGCUAGUUCCAUGAACAGUCACUUGAUUUCAGGGUUCACCAUCCCAGCAGCUUCAUACUCCAUGUUCUUAGUCGUAACCUUAAUCAUAUGGGUCGUCCUCUACAAUCGAGCUCUUCUUCCUCUUGUUUUGAAACUAUGCGGGAGACCAGUCAAGCUUAGUACAAAACUCAGGAUGGGGCUCGUCCUAGUGGCAUCGUACCUAUGCAUGAUGGUGGCAGCAUCAGUCGUAGGAGUUCGACGAAAGAAGGCCAUAGAGGGAGGCUACUUGAACAACCCUCUAGGUGUGGUUGUGUUGUUUUGCUGGUAUGAGGGGUGCUGCAGCUACUUGUCCUUGUUAGCAACUUGGAGAGAAUUCUUGUUUCUCUACAUAUCCAUGUUUGGUAGGCAGCGGUCUUUGUUGGGGUUCGGUUCUCCUCUCGCGGGCAUCUGCAGCAUUGAGACAUUUUGUCACUUUUUCCUGUUAAUGCUACUGCUUUUUGGGUGCUAUGGACACUUUGGAUUCCAUCGGCUGCUACAUGGGAAGAUUGUCCAUCUUCAAGCUGCAAUUUCCCUCCUUUCCAGUCUGAAGAACAGCUUGAGGACAAGCUGUGUUUGAAGGAGAUGGGUUCUGUAACAACCCAACCCAAACUAUAAAUAGCUAGAGCCUCCUGUUAUUGAGUAUCUUUGGACGAAAAUGUAAACACACAUCUAGUUUCUCCUAUUCAGCCUUAGCUACUUUCCCUUCAGCUUUAGCUCUAGUUCUGUAGACUCAAUUCUUCUCAAUUCUUCUGUAAUUCCUCUCUUUCCCCUGUAAUUCAUCUCCUUCGCCAGAUUCCUCCAUCAAAGAUCUUUACACAAACCUGCAUUCAUCACCUUAUCAGAGUGCUCAACAUAUCUGACUAGUGACUACACUGCAAGUCCUGUAUCUCUUAGGCCUUCCCAGCGGUAUUUAUAACCCAGCCCAUGUGCUGGCUCCGCCCCUGUUGCAGGAGUAAUAAUAAUGGGCCUUGAGC